AUGGACAUUAAAACAACAAAAAAAAGUUAUCUAGAUAUUUUAAAAUAUUAUAGCAAAGAUGAAUUUCGCAAUGAACAUAUUUUUCAUAACAUAUAUGAAGAAACAAAUAAUAACUCUUAUAUUAAAGAUGAGAGUUCCACAUUAAAUGUAAAUGUAGAACUAUUUUUUUCUUUGUUAUUUUCAAAUAAAACUAAUUAUUUUUAUAACAUAAAAAAUAAAUAUUCUAAUGAAAAUGUUUAUAAAAGAGAUUUAGAAAUUCAUGAAGAAGAAAAACUAAUAACCAAGUUAAAAAAGGGAAAAAAAAAAAAAGCAAAAAAUAUAAAGGAACAACAACUUUUUCUAAAGAAUGGAUAUAAAAAAAUUGAAAGUCAUUUUUUCAGUAAUACAAAAAAUAAAACAUGCACUAUUUGUUUGAUUAAUAACAAUUCAGAAUACCUUGAAAGAUGCAAAGGUUGUUCUUUGUAUUUUCAUGCAUAUUGUUAUAAAACAUUUUGUGACAACUUUAGUCUAAAUAAUUUUAUUUGUGAUAUAUGUUUAGAAUCUAACAAUUAUAAUAAUUCAAAAAAUGAUAUAAAAAGCUUAUACGAUAAUUAUAAUAAAUAUCAUUUUUCUUAUUUAAAAGAUGAUGACAUGAAAGAAAAAAUUAAUGAAGUAAACAUAAGUAAAAAAAAAGAAGCAUAUAGUUAUUUAAAAAAGGUUAAUAAAUAUAUAAGUGAUAAUGAGUUAAAUAAUAAUUAUAGAAAAUUAAAAAAAUUAAAAUAUCUAAAUAAAAAAAAAAGUUUUAGAAACCUUUUAAGUAAUGGAUAUCAAUCGGAUACAAUUUUUAAUAGAAAUUUUUAUUUAUCAGAAUAUUAUUAUAACACAGAUAAUGUAAAAAUAAAAAAAAAUAAAAAAUUGAAUGGAAUUAUAACUCUCGAUAAUUUUAAAAAUACUUCUAUUAAUUAUACUUACGAACAAAUAAAAGAAUUUAAGGAAGAGUGUGGCGAAGAAAUUAAAUGUAGCAUAUGUGAAAGAACAAAUAAAAAUGUACUUAUGAAAAAAAAAAAAAAGAAUCUUUGGUUUCAUUUAUGUUGUUUAUAUUAUAAUGAUAUUACAAAAAACAAUUCAAUAUUGCACGUUUAUUUUGAAUAUUUUUUUUUUAAUCAUUAUAACGAAGAUUAUUUUAUAAAUUUGUAUAAUAACUUAAAAUCAGUAAAUGACACUAUAAUCAAAAAAAUUAAAACAGAAUUGUUAAAUAAUUAUAACAUAUUAACUAAUAAUCACUCAUUUAAUUUUUUGUUAAAUCCCUAUUAUUAUAAUUUAACAAUUAAGCAAAUUAAAAAUUUAAUUUAUUAUAAUUUUAUACUAAAUAACAAUCAAAUAAACCUAAAUUGUUUCAGUUUAAAUAGCAAAUUAAAUUAUAACACUUUUUAUAAUAACGAAAAUGAUAAGGAGGCACACUGUAACUCAAUUGAUAAUGAUACUUUAAAAAAUAUUAAUUCAUGUAAUUUUAAUUUUUUACAUAAUGAUAUGUCAAAUAUGAAUAAGGAUAGCUUACUUAAUAAUAAUAUUAAUAAUAAAGAAUUUUUUCAGGAAAGAAAAAAAGAAGAUAAAAAGAAAGGAAAUUUAACAAGCGUAAGUGAUCAUAAUUUACAAUAUUAUAAAGAUAAAAAUUUUAUAUAUUGUAGCGACAUAAAUAACUAUAAUAUUAUAAAUGAAGAAAAUUAUUUUAUGAAUGAUUUAUUAUACAUUGCAAAUAAUCAUACUAAAAAUGAAAUAAAUUUAAGCAUAAUUAAGCAAAAUGAAUAUAAUAAUCUAUUCAAAGAAAUAGAACAACUAAUAUAUAAAAGAGAUUUUAUUAAUUUAAAGAUAUUAAAACAAAUAAAAGAAAAAACGAUAGAAGUCAUAAAAAAUAAUAGUAAUCAAAUUUGCAUAUUCUGUAAAGAGUUUAUCGGAAUAAAAAGUAAAUGUAUGUUUCCUUCAUGUUUUACGUAUUUUCAUGUCUAUUGUUAUUAUAAUAAAUUUUUAGAAAAUUGUAAGAAAAAAAAAAAAUUAUUUAUUAAAAACAACAUAAAAGAAUCUAAUUUUUAUAUAGUUAAAAAUAUAAAUAACAAAAUUAAUAUAUUUCAAAAAUAUAGUAAAAUAUUAAAGAAAAAAAAACAUUUACAUAAUUAUAGUACCAAAAUUAAUAAAGAUAUAUCUUAUUUCAAUAUUUCCAAUAAAGAAUCAUUGCAUCAUAAAAAAAAAAACAUAAAAAAUGAAGACGUUUUAAACAAAGAAAAUAACGAUUUAAUUACUAUUAAUAAUAAUAUAUAUUCCAAAGAUGUCAGAAAAAUGCAUAAUCAUACUAUUCAAAAGAAAUUAAGUAAUUCAAAAGAUUAUAAUUCCCCUCAAAAAACGAAAAAUAAUAAUAUUAAUGAAAAUAAUAUUUUGCAUAACUCAAAGAAAGAACACAAUUGGUAUCAGAAUAAUUGCAAAAAAAAUCAAAACGAAGAUGAAUUAAAAUUAAAUUACUUUGAUAAUUCUUCGUACAAAGAUAUAUUUGACAAAUAUAAUGAAAAUUUAAAAAAAGGAGGAGAAUCUUGCAAUGCUAUAAUAAAUAAAAAGGAAGAAUGUUACAAUAAUAAAACUUACACAGAUAUGAAAGAAAAUAAAGAAAAAAAAGAAAUUAUGUAUAUAAAUUUAAAAGAGAAAUAUAAUAGUAAUGUUGGUAUAAAUAAAAAAAAAGAAAAAAUUAAUAAUUAUUUAAGUUCAAAUAAGUUGUGUAAAAAAGAAUGGGAUUUAUUAAUUGAUAAAAAAAAUAAUACUUUAGGAAAGUUAGAUAACAAGAAUUUUAAUGAGUUUGAAAAAGACAUUGCACUUGAAAACUUUAAUAAUAAAAAUUAUGAAAAAGCAUCAUUAUAUUGGAGAAAAAGCUUGUAUAGAAAGAAAUUAGGUAAUGAAACGAAAUAUAAUCUUAAAAAAAAAAGCUAUGAUUCGUUCUAUAAUUGUAAAAAAAUAUUGAAUGAUGAUAGAUUAUCAUCAAUCGAUUUGUCUCUCCCUAAUUCUAAUGAAAAAAAUAUUUAUGUAUCAAAAUUAGAUAACCUUGAUGAAGAAUCAUCAUAUGUAUCAUCACUAUUUUCGUCUUCUACAAAGUACUUCUCAUCAUCAGCGUUAACUAACAAAUCUUCCGUUAGAUCAUUGUCUUCCUCUUCAAAAUCUUCUUAUUCAUCUAUUCAUUCGUCUAUUAGUCCAUCAUCAUCUUCAUCUUCGUCUUUUUACUCCUCGUCCAAUUACUCAAACUCUUACUCAUAUUCAUCUUCCUCACACCCUACUUCUUCCUCCUUUGUUUCUUGUUUAUCUUCCGUCUCUAGCAGUUCAUUAUAUAAUUUUAAUGAUUCAUAUCCAUCUUCAUGUGAAGAUAAUUUUAAAUAUUAUAAAACGAAAUUGCAAUCAAGUAAGUUAAAUAAUAGAUAUAAUGAUAUGAAAAAAACAAAAGAUCAUGAACGAAAUGAAAUAAAAAAUGUAAAUUAUGAAAAUGAAGAAGAAAAUAAUAAUAAUUUUCUCUCAGUUGGUUUACUAGCAUGUAAUUUAGAAAAUGUAAAUAAUAAUAAUGUUUAUAUAAAUACUAUUAAAUUAACAAUGUGCCCAUUACAUAACAACGAAAAAGAUAUAAGAACUGUUAUGAAUUUAAAAAUGAAUACCUUAGGUAAUAAAAAAUAUGAUAAUUUAAAUAAUAUAUUCUAUCAUUAUUACAAUUCUUUUUUACAUUCUUUGUUUUUUUCAAAUAAAUAUAUUCAUAUAAUGAACGAAGAAGAAGCAGAAGAAUCAGAAAAUAAAGAAAGAAAAGAUAUAAAAAAUCAGCAGUAUGUAAAAGAACAAGUAGAGGAGAGUAAAAAAAAUUAUGAUAAUGUUCAAGAAAAUAAUUAUUGUAUAAACAUCGAAAAUAAAAAACAAGCUUGUGUAAAUAAAAGAAAAUAUAAUAUUAAAUAUAAUUAUGAUAAAAAAAAAAAUAAUAAUAUAAACAUAGAAAAUGAUAACAAAAAUAAUAAUGAAACAAAUCAAAAGAAUGAUGUUGAAACAGAUAAGUUCUCUAAAAAAAAAAAAAAAAAAAAAUUAAAUAAUUUAUUUUCAUAUAAUAUUGAUAAAAUGAAGAAUAAUAAACAAAGCAAUAAAAUUUUUAAAAAAAACAAAAACGCAAAGGAUGAAUUCAAUAUAAAGAAUAGCAUCCAAAUGUUGAAUAGCUUAAAAAGUGAACAUGAAAAAAAUACAAUUAAUGAUGUACCUUAUAAUAGACAGAUAUUAGAAAAAAUAGAAAUUAAUACCAUUAAAAGGAAAAAAUCAAAUAAAAAAGAGGAAAGAAAAAAUACAAAUGAUACAAAAUUAUCUAUAAGAGACUUUAAUAAUAAAAAUGAGGAAACAUAUGGCAAUUCCAUGACAGAAAGUUAUAAAGAAGAUCAUAAUUCAAACAAGAAUGAAAAAGAGAAAAAAAAUCAGAGUUUAAUAAAAGAUAAAAUAGAAAAAGAAAACAAAAAUGAAAAGGAAGAGGAAGAGGAAAAUAAAAAUGAAAAUGAAAAAGACAAAGAUUUAAUAUAUAAAAUAAAUGAAUUUGAUGAAAUAAAUAAAAAUGAUUAUGAGAAACUUGAAUAUGUCAAAGAUGAUUCUAUAAAUGAAAGUAAUGAAAAAAAUUUACAGUCAUUUAUAAAGUAUUUUGAUAAAAUUAUUGAAAAUGUUGAAACUAGUUCAAUUAUUAAAAACAAUAUAUGUGAAGGUAUAUAUUUUUUAAGACAACAAAAUGGUUUGAAUAUUUUUCAGAAAUUUAGCGGACAAUUUAAAAAACAUUUAAAAAUUCAAAACAAAAAGAAAAAAAAAAAAAAAAAAAAAAAACAUUUAGGAGAUAUAAGUAUUCUGAGAAAAAUAAAUGUCGAUAUUCAAAAAGGAAAUAAUAAAAAAAAUAAUAAUUCAGAUCUAAAAAAAAAAGUUAAUAUAAACAAAUAUUCCUAUUUAUUUUAUAGAUUACCUUUAUUUAUUUUUGGACAGAAAUAUGUAAAUGAUGUAGAUAAUUUAAAAAGCAUUUAUCAAAUUAAAAAUUUUUUUCAACAAAAUUGUGAAUUUGAUACUUCUGCUAAUAUUUUGUCGGUUAUUGAACUAUUAAAAAAUUAUGCAAAUCAUAAAAUAUUUAAAAAAAACGUUUUAUCAAACAAAACACCAAAUGAUAAAGAAGAAAAAUAUAAGAUUAAUAAUAAUAAUAUAAAAGUAUCAAGUGAUAAUGAAAAUGAAAUAACUAAUUUGUAUAAUUUUAAAAUUAAUUCUGAAUAUAAUAAUACAGCUACAAGUUGUAAUAAUGAAAAAAAUUCAAUCAAGGAAAAGAUGAAUUUUGAUGAAAUUUUUUAUUCGUCAGAAAAAAUUAAGAAUAAUACUUAUUUAAAUGAAGAUAUAGAUAUGAAUAUGGAAAAUAUAGAGAAUAUGUUUUUUCUUAAUAAAAAAAUGCAAAAUAAUUCCUUAAAUGAAAUUGAUCUUACUAUCAGAGAUAAGAAGUUAACAGAAAUGAACACAGAUGUAUUAAAUAGGAAGUGUUUUAUAAAUAGUGAUAAUUUGAAAAAUAAUGAAAACAAUAUUCUUAAUAAAAUAAAGUUUGAAUAUGGUAAGACUCUAUAUGCAUAUAAUGAAUUAAAUUUGAAUAACAAAAUAAAAGGAAAAGUAAAUAAGUUAGGAGAUAGUAAUUAUAACAAUUGUAAUGAUACACAUAAUACUUUUGCGAGCAAUAAGAAUAAAGAUAUUGAUCAUAAAAAUACUAAGAUAGUAGAUGAUGAAUUAUGCAAAGGAGCACUUUCACCUAAUAAAAGUUUUAAUAUAGUAUUUACUUUAUUUGAUAAUGGGAAUAAUAUAUAUCUUUUAAUAUAUGAAUCAGAAAAAGAUAAUAGGAAAAAAUUUACAAAAAAUAAGCAGUUAAAAAAAAAUGAAUUUAACAAUAUUGAUUACUUUUUCAAUGAGCUAUAUAAUAAUCUUCAUCUAAAGAAUUCAAAUGAGAAUAUAAAUUCUAUUUUAGAAAAUAUUUUUUUUAAUAAUAUCAAUAAUAAUUAUUAUAGUAAUAAUAGUGAAAAAUUAAACAACUUAAAAAUUGAUGGGACUGUAUUAAAUAAAAAUAUAUUACAAAAUAUUUUGAAGAAUUUUAAUUUAUUUAGUAUUUCAAGAAACACAAGUAUAAAGCUAGUGAGUAUAUUUGAGUUAACGUAUUAUGACUACUUAUUUAUUAAGAAACAUAGAUUUUUUUAUUCAAAAAAAGGUGUUAAAAUAUAUGAUAACUGUAAUAAUUUAUAUGAAAUAAAAAAUAAUGAUAAUGAAGUUACAGAAAUCAAAAAUGACGAAAAUGAAAAACUAAAAAAGCACUUUAACUUAUUAUCACGUGAAUUAAAUAAAAUUAUAAAUAAUAAUUAUAAAGAAGACUAUAAUAUAUUAAAUAGUAAAAGUAUUAUUGCAAAUGAUAAUAAUAUCAUAGAUGAAAAUGUGCAUUUAAGAGAUAACAAAAUAAGUAAUUUAUCGAAUAUAACAUUGCAUAAUUUAAAUAGCUUUGAAAAAAAAAAUAGUAACGUGAAUAUUUUCCAAAAUACCAAAGUCUUAAAUAUUGAUGGUAAUAAAAAUAAAAAUAUUCGAAUAAAUAAAUAUACUAAUGAAAAUCAGAAAAAUGCAAAUUUAAAUAUUAGCUACAAAAAUAAAAUUUUACAUAAAAAAAUAUCCAAAAAUAUAUAUAAAAAGAAAAAUAAGCAUAAAAAAAGAAAUAAAAAGUACUUUCCAAUUAUUAAUAAUACAUUUCCCUUAAAUAGUAUAAAUAUAAAUAAUAAUGAUAUCAGUAAUAAUACUGAUUUUAUCAUAAAUGAAUAUAUAAAUAACAAAACUUACGAUAGUGAUAUAAAAGAUUACUUAAAUGAUAUAAUUAAUAUAUACAACAAUUUCAAUAUAAUUAAUGGAUUAGAGAAUAAUAAUAAUAUUGAUGAAAAUAAGUUACUAUUAACUAAUUCUUUUAGUAACUAUGAUAUAUAUAAGUUAUUUUUAUUAGAUAAUACUGAGUUAAAAUAUUUUAGCAAUAAUGAAGAUAAAAAAAAAUAUUUAAAAGAUAUUUUUAUAAAUAAGAAUAUUCUUUUAAAUUUUAAAAAUUCUAUUGUUAAGAAAAAGCAAAUGGAAUUUUUAAAUGAAAAUAUAAAUAACAAAAAUUGUGAAGAAACAAAUUACAAUUUUCUAGAUAUCAAUAAUAUUCUAUGCUUUGAAGAUAAUAAGAAUAAAUUUUUAAAAAAAAUGAGUAAAGAUAAUUUCGAAGAAUUAAAGACAAAUAAUUAUAUAAUUAAAAAUGAAGAAGAAAUAAAUAAUAAUGAUAAAAUUAGGAAUGAAGAGAAAAUAAAUAGUAAUGAUGAAGUUAGGAAUGAAGAAGAAAUUAAAAACAUCAAAACAAUUGAUGUUUAUAAAGAACUAGAUAAAAAUAAGAAUGCAAAUAACUGGGAUACAAUAAAUAGUGAAAAUUUCAAUUUAACGAAUAACAAAGAUAUUGUAAAUUCUUUACUAAAUUGCUACAAAACUAAUGAUACAUUAAAUAUAUUAAUAAAAAAUAAUCGUACUUUUAAUUCUAAUUUCAUUAAAGAAAAUUCCAAUAAAUUAUGCGAUGAUUCUAAAAACAAUGUAAGCAAUAAAAUUUUAAAUCAUUUGAAAAAUAACUUAAAAAAAGAAGAAAGAAAAUUUUAUGAUUAUUUUAAUGUUAACAAUUGUAAUGAAAAUUUCAAUAUGCUUAUAGAUAAUAGUUAUGAAAAAAUUAAAAACUUAUACGAUAAUCUAAAUGAAGAAAUUAUAAAAAAUAAAAUAAUUUUAAUAAGUAGAAUAAUUGAAGAAAAUCAUAUGUAUAAUUUAUCAGAUAUACCAAUUUACGUAAACUUUGUUUUUUAUAAAUAUUCAUGCGUUAAUAACUGGAAUAAUUUAAUUCAUAAUUUGAGGGAUAGUUUUUUAAAAGAAGAAGCUCAUUUUUUUAAUAUUAAAAAUAAUAUAACUACUGAUGAUACAAAGAGUUCUGAAAUUUUUUUAGAAUCUUCAAAUAACAUUAAUACUAUAAGAAAUGAAGAAAUGCAAUCAAAUUGCACAUUUUACAAUGAUAAUAAAACUGCUAAACACAUAAAUGAAGAAUAUAAGCAGCAUACUUCAGUAAGUAAUAUAAAUAAAUAUGUAAAUAAUAAUAAUGAAAACGAUGAAUGUGAUAAUAAUAAUAAUAAUAAUGAUAUAAAUAUCAGUAAUAUUAGUACAAUUAUUACUACUACUAAUAUUUCUACAACUAAAACCAAUACUGCUACUGAUGCCAUUGAUAUUAGUAAUCCACAUGAUGAUACUAAUGUUGUUAAUUAUAAUAAAAAUAACAUUAAUGAAACAAAUGAAAUAGCUAAUAAUUUAAUAAUAAAUAAAAAUGAAGCAAUGCAUAAUGCUAUAUGCAGUGUUUGUUUUAAUACAGAAAUGAACAAUAUAAAUAUUUUAUAUAAAUGUAUAGGGUGCUCAAUUUAUAUUCAUAAGUAUUGUUAUGGUAUAUAUCAGAAAAAUAAAAAUGAUGACUUUUUAUGUGAUAAAUGUGCGAUUAGCAAAUUUUUUAAAAAAAAAUUACAAAAUGAAGAUUUAAAUAAAAACAUUGGAAAUAUUAAAAAAAAAAAAAAAUUUAAUGGUAAUUAUAAUAGUAACAUUAAUAAAGAUAAUUAUAACAAUAAACUAAAUGAAAAUGAUAAAGAUCUUGAUGAUAAUAGUAAUAUUUUAUGUGAUAAUAAUAAAGAUUUAGAUGAUAAUUUUAUUAAUAAAUCUUUCGAAAAUUUGAACUGUUUUAUAUGUAAAAAAUAUGGGGGUGCUUUAAAAAAAACAACAUCAAAAUCAUUUGUUCAUAUUUUUUGUGUUUUAUUUUUUAUUUCGCAUGUUUUCUGUUUAAAUAUUUAUAAUUUAAAUUAUUGGAAUAUUAAUAAUUUAAAUUCUUUUGAAGAUAUAUGUUGCAUAUGUAAUCAAAGAGGUUUUGUUAUAAACUGUUGUUAUAACGAACACUUUGAAAUAAAUAAUUCAAAUAAUACUACUAAUAAUUCUUAUAUAAAAAAUAAUAAAUGCAGUAAAUAUUUUCAUCCUCUCUGUGCAUAUCUAGAAGGAUAUCAUAUGAAAGUUGAAAUAUAUGAUGAUAAGUUUAUCACAACAUUUUUUUAUGAUAAUUGUUUUUCACUUUUUAAAAUUAUAACAUAUUGCAAUGAUCAUCUGCCUCUAGAUGCAUAUGAGAAUAGAAAUGAAGUUAAGAAAAAAAGAAACAAGUAUUAUAUUAAUAAUGAAUGCGUUUCGUAUUUUAAUUGCUGUGAAAAAAUAUUAAAAAAAAAAGAUAACAAUAUUAAUAGGUUUAACAAAGUUCAAAGCUUGCACAAUAAGCAAAAUGACAAUAUUGCUUCUUUCAUAAACUUUAAUGAUACUAAUAUAAAAAAAGAGAAAUAUAAUAAAAACAGUUCGAUAACUAAUUUAGACAAUUCAAAUGAAAAUAUUCAAAAAAAUAAUCUUCCAAUUAUAUUUAAGAAUGAACAUAAAUAUGUUCAAGAAAAUUAUAAAAUAAUUACGAAAGAAUAUGGAAACAAUGAAGAACAUGAGAAAAAUAAAUUAGAUAAAAUUAUAAAAAACAAUAAAGAGAUAGAUAAAAAAAAUACAAAUUAUAACAACAAAAACGAUGAUAAAAAUAAAAUUGAAAAAAUUUCUAAAAUUCAUAUUGAUAAAAAUGAAAGUAAUGAUAUUGAGAUAAUUAAAAUUAUAGAAAAUGAUAAAAAUAAGCAUAUAAUAAAUAAUGUAUCUUUUGAAAAGAGAAAUAAUGAGAAAAAUUCAGAAGAAAAAACAAAUUUAUUUAAUGUAAAAGAUAUAAAUGUAAAAAGUAUGAAUCCUUUUAAUAAGUCAGAUGAAAUUAAAUGUAGAGUAGAAAAGAAUAAUGUAUCAAAGAAAACUAUAACAGAAAAUUUAUUGAUAAAAAAUUGUAGCGAUAAUAAAAACAGUUUGAAUAUAUGUGAUAAAUCAAAUAGUUAUAAACAUCAAACUCAAGAAUCACGAAUACAUGAAACAGAAGGUAAGUUAAUAGAUUGUGAUUUAUUAAAUAAUAAUAAAAAUUCAUCCACCAACUUAUUAAAUAAUACUAAAAUGAAUUCAAAAAUACUUAAGGAAAAUGUAAUAAGUAAUAAAAUUAAUAAUAACUGUAAUGAAUUAAAAGAUUUAAAGGAAAAAGAAAUGAAAAUAUAUGACAUAGAUAGAAUAGAUGAUAAUAUUAAAACAAAAGAUUAUUUAAAAAAUAACAAUAAUAAUACUUUAAUUUCUCAAGACAAAAGAAAUAUUACUAAUAUUUCAAAUGAAAAGUAUACAACACAAAUUCUAAAUUUUAUAGAAAAUAAAAAUAAAUUAGAAAAUUUAUCAUCACAAAAGAAUUUAUUAUUUAAAAAUAUUGAAUUGAAGAAAGAGGAUUUACAAAAAGCCCAUGAAAAUUAUAUAUUAGAUAAAGAUAAUAAUGAAAAAGAUAAUUAUAAAUUAAAAUUAAAAAUUAAUAUUAAUGAUGUUUAUAGAUCUUAUAAAAAACUGAUGAAAAAAAAACAUGUUAAAUAUCAAGUUAAUGGUAUUUUAAAAAAUAUAGAAAACUGUGGUAUAACAAAGUCGAAGAAAGAGAAUAAGAAAAGUAAAUAUAUGUCAAUGAAGUUGAAAGAAGAAAAUAAGGAAAUAAACAAUUCAUAUCCUAAUGAUUCUUUAAGUUACAAUAAAAAUAGAAAAAAAAUAGAAUUAGCAAAAAAUGGAAAUAUUCAAAAAAAAGAAAAUAUGUCAUAUAUAGAGGAGAAUGUUCAUGAUUUAAUAAAAAGCUAUAAUAAUUAUUCAUAUUAUCAAAAUUUAAGAAAUAAUGUUUUUUCUUUAUAUUUUAUCGAUAGAAAUGUUAAUGAUUAUAAAUUGGUGGUUUGCUCAGCUUGCGAAAAUUUGAGAAGUAAAUUUUAUUCUUCUCAGGAAAAAAAUAAUAUAUUAAAUUUAUUAUAUACUAAUACAUAUUUUUUGCAAAAAAAAAAUAAAAUAAAAAAAAGUAAAAAAGUUUAUUUUUUUAAUUAUUGUCAUAUUAAUGAUAAAAGACAAGAAAUGCUUAAGUUAAUUAAUUUUAAAAUGUUAAUGGGAUGCGAAAAAUGUAGCUAUUUUAUAUUAGAAAAAAAUUUUUUUUUUCAUUUGAUUGAUAAAAAUUACUUAUCUUCUUGUGAUGAUUCACUAGUUGUAAAUACAAAUUUGAAUAUGAUCCAAUUAUAUGAAAGUAAAAAAAAUAAGGAAAAUAAUAAAAUACAUGAUAGCUAUAUUCCAAACAAGAAUUUAAGAGAAGAUGAAGAAAAGGAAUGUUUUAGAAAAUGUUUAUUUGAAGAAAAAAAUAAUCAUAGUAAAAACUAUGCUUCAGUUUAUUUUUUUAAAAAUUUCUGUGUAGAAAUUUUCACACACAAAUUUUUAUUAAAAAAAAAACUUUUAUUUAAUGAUACUAUAUUGAGAUAUAUGAUUUUUCAUAAUAAAUAUUCUGUUAAAAAUAAGAAACACUACUUUAAUACAUCAAUAAAAAGGGUUGAUAUAAAAGGAUCUAUUUGUAAUAUAUGUAAAAAAAAAAGUUAUUUCUUAAUUAAAUGCUCUUUUGAAAAAUGCUACAAAGCAUUUCAUAUAAGUUGCAUAAAUAAAAAAAGGCAAUUUCAUAAAUUUUCAAUAGAAUUUAAUAUUAAGAAUUCUUAUCAUAUUUAUUGUAAUUCACAUUGUUCAAAUACUAAUAAUUUUCAAAUAAAGUUAAAUUUAUUUUUACUCUUAAAAGUUUUGUUGAAAUUAAAUAAUCCUUUAAUAGAAUAUAUAAAAAAUAAAUUUUAUAAAAAUAACAUUUUUAUUAAUUAUAUAUUAAACUCAAAAUCUUUGAUGAAUUCAAUGGAUGUAUAUAGAGAAAAAUCUGAAAAUAAAUCAUUAAAAGAAAAAUUAUAUUCAAAUAAAAAAGGAGAACAUUUUAUUAAAACUUAUAGCAAAGAAGAAAUAAAUUUAUCAAAUAAUAAACAGGAAAUCUCUUAUGCACAAAACUAUCUAAAGUCUUUGAAAAACAUAGAUAAUUCAGUGGCGUUUACUAAUGAAUUAAAUAUGAAUUUUAGAAAAAAGAAAUUAAAAUUAGAAGAAAAUAAAAUUUUUAAAAUUACGAAAAUAAAAAAUAAAGAAAAGAAAAUUAUAAUAAUUUUUAAGUUUUUACAAAAUUUAAUAAAUAGAAAUUCUUUAUUUAUAAAAUUGUUGAACGACAAAUAUUAUAAGGAAUUAAAAAAGAGUACUGUCAAUAAUAUUAUUUUAGAAAAAAUUGAGAUAUUUAAAUUAUUUCUUUAUUCUUUAAUAUUUUCGAUACUCUAUCCUAGAAAUAUGAUAUUUAAAAUAAUGGAUUGUAGUUAUCGAAAUAUUUUAAAAAAUUAUGAUUCAGUCGUUUAUAACUUUUAUUAUUUUAUUUUAAAUAAUUAUAAACUUAUUAAAAAGAAAUACUUUCAAAAAGUUAAUAUUUUUAAUAACUUUCAUUCUAACAUUACUGAAAAUUUAGAAGAAUUUAACUUUGAUAAAUUUAUUGAAAAUUUUUUUAUGAAAAAGGUAGUAAAUAAUAUUAGAAAAGAAAAAUAUAAAGAUAUUAACAAACUAAAGAAAGUGAAUAAAAAUUCAAGUAUAAAAAAAAAAUAUACAAACAAAAAUUUUAUUUCAAAUGAUGAUAAAAAUAUAGAGAAUGUAAACCCAAACAUAGAUUUAAAAAUGAAAAAAAAAAUAAAUAAAAAGACAGGUUUAGAUUUAAGUACGUUAAAAGCUGAUAAAGCUUAUCCUGAUACUUUAGAAAAAAAAAAAAAAAUAAUAGAAGAAUUGAACACCUUUUUUAUAUAUGAAAAAAGAAAAAAGCCUAGCGAACCUUCUUUUAUUUUUGAGAACUAUGAAAGUAGAAAUAAGGAAUUUAUAAAAGAUAGUGAAAGUUGUUAUUUGAAAGAAAGUGAAACUAAAUUAAAAAAUAGACACAAUGAAAAAACAAAAAAUGAAAACCAACAUAAUUACCAAAACAAGGAGGAUAUUAAAGAAAAUUUUACUAAUUUAUUAUUCGAGGAUAAAAUUAUAAAAAAUGAAAAAAUUAGCAACCAAAAUUAUUUAUUAGAAAAAAAGAAAAUUGAAGAAAAAUGCAUGUUUUUAAAUGAAUGCAACAAAAAAAAGGGAUCAUGCUAUAACGGAAACGAUAAAGAAUAUAAAAAAAAUUUAAAUGAAUGUAACAAAAAGAAAAUAAAUUUAAAUGAAUUUGAUAAAAAUAAACUUAUUUUAAGUGAAAAUAUUAAAAGAAAAGAUGAGGGGAAUUUAAAGAAAUUGAAUAAAAAAAAAGUAAAAGGUUUAAAUGGAAAUAACAAAAAAAAGGAAAAUUUUAAUAAAAUUGAUAAAACAAAGAAAAGAAAAUUUACUGAAAAUGAUAACAUAAAUAUAUCGCUUUUCAAUGAAAACUUAAAAAAAAAGGAAAAUUUAAGUGAAAAUGAUACAAAGGAAAAUAAAGUAGAUGGCACUCUAGUGAAUUAUUAUAAAGAAUAUAAUAAGGAAUUAAAAUUUAAUAGUAAAAAUAAAAUAGACCAAAAUUCAUCAUAUAACAAAGAAAAAAAAGCAAAAAGCAAAAAUCUUCAUGUUGAUCAUAAUAAUAGCUUAAGUGAUUUUGAGUACAAAAAUUCUUUAAAUCCUAGUAACUAUGUUUUCAUGGAUACAAAUAUAAAAUAUAAAAAAAGAAAAAAAAGUCCAUUAAAUAAUGAAAAAAAUAAUCAAAAAUGCGAAAUGCCCUAUCUAUUUAAGGAAAAAAAAAAAGAGAUACUUUAUAAAAAUAGUAACAUUAAACCAAUUAAUUGUUCAAACUAUAAUCUUCAAAGUAGUUAUAGUUUAAAAAAAAAAUAUCUCACAAUUAAUAAAGAAGAAAAAAAUAAAAUUAAGAACGAAGAAAUUAAUAUAGAAGUUAAUUAUAAAGAAAACAAUGUAAAAAAUGAAAAAUAUACUCAUAAAAAUAUAAAUUGCAAUAGCAUUAAUACGAAAAACGAAAAUACACAAGAAGAAAUAAUAUCAAAAAAAAAAAAUGAUAAAGAAUUAACAAUUCAAAAACAGAUAUCAAAAAAUAAAUAUAAUAAAAAAAAAAUUUUUAAAUUAAAUUAUAUGAAAAAUAGUAGUAAAAUAAAUACAGAAAAUACUAUUAUGAAUACACUGACUAACAGAAAAAAAAACAAAUUAAAUGAAAAUCAUAAAAAAAUAGAAAUUAUUGCCAAACUGGAUGAAGAAAAUAUAAAAAUAGAUAGAUAUAAUGAUAAAUCAGAAGAAACAAAUAACAAGGAUGAUAAGAAAGAUAGGAAAAUGGAUGAAAUAAAUGGUAAAAAUAAUGAAUGUACCCAAUUCUAUAAAAAUAAUGAUAAAACAGAUGAGAAUAGUAAUGAAAUUCAUGAGAGUAAUCAUAAUAUGAAUGAAAUUUGUAAUAAAGUGAAUGAGAAUAAUAACAUAAGAAAUGAAUGUUACAAUACUUCAGAAAUUUCCUUUAAGUCUAUUGAAGAAGACAAAGAUAAAAAUAAUGAUUUAAAAAUUAAAAAAAAAAUAGUUGAAAAGGAAUUUUUUUUGCCAGAUGAAAAGAAUGAAAAAAAAAAUUUUAAUAAAUGUAUAAAGAAUAAGUAUAUGAAAAAUGAAGAAAAUAAUUUUAUUGAUAUUUUAGAAUAUUUAGAAGAAAAUACAUGUAAUUAUAAAUGUUAUUAUAAAAAUAUAAUUAAUACAUUGCAUUUCAAUAAUGAUUUAUCGAAUGAUGAAUAUAUUGAAUAUAUUUUGCCGUUAAAUGAUACGAAAAAAGUUGGGAUAAAUGAGAAAAUUAUAAAAAGAAAAACAAAAUAA